AUGUGUUUCGGGGCCCGAACAAAAGAUGACGGCGGUGGUGCUCGUUCGCGCGACCUCGACCGCAUGAUCCGACAAGAUGAAAAGCGCCUAUCGAAAGAAGUCAAGCUGUUGUUGCUGGGUGCCGGAGAAUCUGGAAAAUCCACUGUCUUGAAGCAGAUGAAGUUGAUCUACGCGCAAGGUUUCAGCAAGAACGAAAAGCUCGAAUGGAAGCCCGUCGUAUUCAACAACAUUGUUCAAUCAUUCCGUUUGAUCCAAGAUGCCAUGACCGAAAUGGGAAUCGAGUUUAGCAACCCCGAAAAUGAGGCAAGCGACCCCUGA